AUGGCAUCCCUGGAUCCUCUUUCAGCCCAGCUGAAGAGAAAGAGUCAGAGCCAGAGUCAGAGAGAGAGUCUGGCCCUGGGCCUCCUUUUUCUUUCUAUUUCGCUGUCAUUUUUCCUUGUUUUUUUUUCUUUUUCUUUUUCUCAUUUCUUAUUUGUUGUGCGUGCAACUCGAAAUCCCCUUCACUGA